GAUAUGGACGAGGAGAAGACGAGCUGGAAGCCGAAAGAUGGGGGUGGUGCGCCGGCUAGGUUCUACACCCAGCACGUUUCGUGGAUGAAUGCUGCAGAGCCCCCGGUUGUCCUGGUCAACAAGCUGGUCGAGGAUGGCAAGGACUUACGUUUUUCCAUUGAGGUCCACGGCGUUUUCCUGCAAAGGUUCGAAUGCGCCAAGUUUCCUUUCGACAUUCAAGAUUUGUCUGUCAAGGUGGAGUUCCAGCUCGCGAAUCAGGGACGCUGGCCCGUGAAUAUUUCGGCAGAGAAAACUGACAACUGUGAUGUCAACGAUGCCCAUUUCAUAUGGGACAAUGAGUACAUGCUGGGAAAAAUGGUCAGUAUUGCUGUACGCGAGCGCCGCGUGUUGCCCACCAGGACCUAUCAGCAUGUGCAGUUUUCCUGCUUCGUCCAGCGGAAGCCCUUCUUUUACCUCGUGAAUGUCUCCCUGCCCAACAUGCUCUUUGCUUUGAUGGCCGGCGUACAGUUCUUCGUGAGCUUGGACAAGGUAGCCGAACGUGCGGGAAUUUCCUUGACCUUGCUGCUGGUUUGCGCCUCCUACUACCAGUUCUCCGCAUCACUCAGGCCUCGUAUUGGGUAUUUCACAAUCUUGGACGAGCAUUCCCUGUGCUGCAUCUGGCUGGUCAUUGUCAUGGUCUUCUGGGUAGGCAUCAUUACGAGUGUAAGGAGCAGCCCUGAGACUGUUGAGCUUAUAGCCGCAUGCUGCUUCUGUGGGACCUGGUUCCUCAUGCAUUGCUUCUUUUUGGUGCGAUUCUGGAUGGCCUGGCGGCUGGCGAAAGCAUUCCUCGCCGAGCCCUUAAAGGAAGACGACCGGCAGGCCAAAGCCAUUCUUUGCAAGCAAAGCACCACAUCAGCGUUCUAUCCAGAGGCCCCUCGGUCCAGCCGGUCCCUCACGCGCGUGGUGAAGGUAGCACCAACACCGAAGCCGAAGCCACGGAUGGCCUUCUCAAGGUCGAAGUCAUUUACUUGA